GUUUUGCCUAAUUCCAGAUGACGCAGUUUGUUCAGAAAAUGUAUGAUGCCUACAGAGACCUUAUGGAUAACAAAAGUGAUCCAAGAGUCAAUGAUUGGUUCCUGAUGAGCAGCCCCUUCCCGACAUUGAUAAUAUGUCUUUCCUACGCUUUUUUUGUCAAACGACUGGGACCCAAACUUAUGGAAAAUAGAAAGCCGUUUGAGCUGAGGAAGACCAUGAUCUACUACAACCUCUUCCAAGUGAUAUUUUCAUCGUGGCUUUUUUAUGAGUCAUUAGUCUCUGGAUGGGGAGGACAUUAUUCGUUCAGGUGUCAGCCUGUUGAUUACUCGCGGAGCCCCUUGGCUAUGAGGAUGGCGAGAGGAUGUUGGUGGUACUAUUUUUCCAAGUUCACUGAAUUCAUGGAUACGAUUUUCUUCGUCAUGCGAAAGAAGUACGACCACAUCUCCACACUUCAUGUUAUUCAUCACGGAUGCAUGCCAAUGUCUGUGUGGUUUGGUGUUAAAUUCACUCCAGGCGGCCACAGUUCCUUCUUUGGACUCCUGAACACCUUCGUCCACAUCAUAAUGUACAGCUACUAUCUGCUAGCAGCAUUAGGGCCCAAGGUUCAACCAUACCUUUGGUGGAAGAAGUACCUGACUGUUCUGCAAAUGGUCCAAUUUGUCCUCGUGAUUGUCCACGCCUUCCAACUCCUCUUCAUUGAGUGCAACUAUCCCAAAGCCUUUGUCUGGUGGAUUGGAAUGCACGCAGUAAUGUUCUACUUCCUCUUCAGAAAAUUCUAUCAAGAAACCUACGAGAAAAAGGCAAAAAUUGCAGCGAAAAGGAAGGAGGAUUACAUAAGAGCAAUUUCAAAUGGCGAAGACAAGAAGAAUGGAAUUUAUAAAAAUGACUACAAAAUAGCAACUGGUUACAUCUCUGAUAGUGGUAUGAGAAAUCGAGUCUUCAUUGACCAACGGGAAUGAGCAGUUCAUUAUUUUUAUCAACAUGUUUUGAAAGACUCGUUCAACGUACAGGGUUUACAACUUUAUGACAUCUACGUUCAUUCGGCUGUGCCAUUGUCUUUGGACCGAAGUAAAGUCCAGAGCAGAAUCAUUGCGAUCGAAAGAUCGGGUUUAGACUGACUCGUCUCCAAGAAUCUUGGAUCUCCGAGAGUACUCCAGUUCUUCGAGGGAAAAAAGACCAGCUGAGAUUGCAGGUGAGGAGGCGGAAAUAGCAGAGACUUUACUUAAAAUGUGGCCUCAGAAGUGGCCAUGGAAGCUUGUAUAUAUAACGAACUCCUUGACUAACCAUGAUUUAAUUAAUUGCAACAAAUGUUGAUCUAUGUAGAGAGGGAUGGGAUCAAAUCAGGUACUGGAAACUGGAUAGUUUGUACUUAAGUAAUAUAGAUUAUAGUACUUCAUAACGAAAUGCUUCUCAGGUCAAUAGUGAAUCAUUAUGCUCAUGAAUCAACAUUUUGCCAAAGCUUUUUACUGGAAUCUCUGUGGAUAUUUCUGGAUUCAAUUUGAUCCCAUUCCACCGUAUCUGAAGACAGAGUACAAAGAGAGGAUGAAAGUUUGCCACACCCAAUUGCACUGAUACUUCGUCAGCUCAUUUUUUAAGAGGAUGCAUUCGAACAACGAAUCAUUUAUGAUUUACAAUUGUUUGAAAUU